UGAAUCAUACAAAAUGCUUCCAAUGGAAAUACCUCAUGCUACAAUCACCAUCCAGAGUCCUCAACGGCCCUCCUUCUACCGUGGAGACAAAGUCACUCUGAGGUGUGACAUCACGAGUGAAGGCUGGGUGUAUCACUGGGAGAGGAAUAAUACCAGCAUCUAUAAUCACAUCAACACAACCAUCACCAUCUUACUUCCUGAGGAGAGUGGUCACUAUACAUGUUUUGGUAUGAGAAGGCAACUUCGAAGUUACAACAGUCCUAACAUGACUAUUUCCACGAGUGGUUCUGGGUCCAGUUCAUUUAUAAUGGCAUUUAUAAUGGCAGUGGCUGGGGGAGUGGUCCUGACAAUCAUGGUUGUAAAAGUUGUACCACGUUGCUGCAGAAAGCAGAGAGGUCCUGUGUCCAACUCCUCCAGUUCUGGGUUAUCUCUAUCGCCCUCUACUGGCCUGGCUGAGAGACAUGCUGAUGAGCACCAGCACCAGUCUGAUGGAGGAGGGCUUCCUGUUUACGAAACAAUUCCACUCACAGACCAGAGCAGACCAGUGCUGGAUACAGUGUAUGACAAACUGUCACUCAGCAAAAUGGGAAACCUUUCGUCACCAUAUAAUCCAUAUCAGCUUGUGGAGUGAAGCAGCAUCAGCAUGGGAUUGAAGUCACAACCUGUAGUUUACAACUACAACAGUUUUCCUUUUGGAACCCCCGUUACCUACACACUAUCUAGACUUCCACCACCCAUAACAAAACAUGUAGUGGUGCCUGUGGUGAAAGUGAUUUGUGUGCACACAUCGGGCCUCUCUUUCAUUCGUCUUUUUAUCUAUCCUCCCUUCCUUCCUCGGUCCUCAUUCCCGCUGAUCUAGAUAAAGAAUAAUGGGAUGGCAACAAUGGGAUAGUCUAUCCAGUGUUCUUCAUAUAUCAGUGGGAACGAGCCUGGAGGAUCGAGGACAGAGGUUGAGAAAGGGCCAUCUUGUGUUUAAAACUGUUCUGUUGAUACCGUGUCUUCACCAGUAGAGUGUGAAAGUGAAUUCACAGUGACUUCCUGUUCCUCCACCCCACUUGCACAACAGCAACAUCAUGUGCAGUCUAAUGCUGACUCAUUUCUUCGUUUAGUGAGAAUUGCAGUACCCCCCUCUGAAGGGACAGUGAGAUGUUUGGACAAGGAGGAAAACCUUUGGGGGAACUAAUGAUGGUGCAAGCCCCUGUAUGAUAUUAUUACUAAUAUUAAACCCUGUUCUGUUAUGCUAAUGUAGCCUGAAAAAGC